CCACACAUGGGAUCCCCUCAUAACCGGUGUGGUUCAAGAACACUUUGAAGCUAUCUGUCAGCGCCGCAUGAAGGACAUGGUGAGCACCUGCAGGACUUCUCGAGAGCAGCCAAAUUGGAUUGGGGAUACGCUCUGGGAAGAGAUGACAAAGGUUUGGGACACUGAAGAUUGCAGAGAGAGGAGUGCGACCACUUCAGCGGCUAGGAUGUCUGAACGUGGAGGUCUUGGUCCUCACGUGCAUGUAUCAGGUCCGAAGUCAUAUCUCCAAAUCCAACAAGAAAUGGAAGAAGAAUUGGGAAGACCAGUGAGUCUUGGUGAGGUUUUUAUCAAGACUCACACCAGAGCAGAUGGGACUUAUGUCGAUCGAAAAGCUCAGAAAGUUGCUGAAGCUUAUAAGAAGAACUUGGAAGCCAAGUUUGCUGAACUCUGGGAAGAAAACUUAGGUGCAUCUGAUGGCACAACUGAUGCUACUCAUCCGGAGCUAUCCAUAGAGGAAGACAACGAGCUGUUUCUUAAGUCCACAUUCACGAAUGAAAGAGGAGUUCAUUAUGGUGUUGGAAGCCUCUCACAGUCACGCAAGCGGAAGAACCUUGGAAGCACUUCAACAUUCAACACCGUACAAGAACAAUUCUCUCCAGCUCAGCGCCUAAUUGAAGAACAAGCAGCUGAGAACGCAAGAUGUGAAGCAGAGCUCACCAAGGUUUCAGCUGCCCAACAAGCCAAGAUCGACCAACUCACAUUGCUGGAGAGGUAUUUGAGAGAAACUUAUCCAAGAUUCUUGGAUUUCAUGGCUGCUAAUUCUGCUCCCACGUCUUCUGCUACAACCGCUGCUCCAGUCACUGAUCCCACGGCUGCUGCAACCGGUGGUGCUCUAAACACUACUCCAACAGGUGCUGCAACCGCUGCUGGUCCAACCAAUCAACCAAACGAUCCUCAUCAAGGUUCUCUUUCAACCUCAUUUUGA